GUAAGCUAUUAUGCUCAUGUAAGGAACAAAUGCUUUUAGUAUUCUUAAGAAAUAUAGCUCUUGAAUAGACACGACACAGUGACAACAGUCAGUAGUCUUGGCGCAAACUGUUUGUAUUGAUACUUCUGAUUGUGUAACACAGAUUUCACGCCCAGAAAUGUGUCAACAGCUAUGAACAUUCCCUAUCGCCAGUCAAGACAUACAGAAGGAAGUUGUAUAGAUCAAUCCCACUACAUGUACUCCUCAAUAGUAUCAACACAAGGACUGGGUACGCACACAAUUUUCCUGGAAGGAGCUGCGGUAAUGCUGUGACAGGUAUCGGCUGUGGUCACAGAGAGAAGUCUGAAUUUCAAACAGUGUGGAUAAUGAACCAUCUCAUUUUAAAAUCCAUGAAAGUUCUUGAUGGACAAUGACAGAAGCUGGUCGUGAAAUAUCAGAACAGAAAGCAGAUAUGGCGUAUCAUAAAUCAAGACACGGAGUGAUGAAAGAACCUGUUUCAAAGGCGCGUAUCCAAGAAGUAAAUAUUGUGUCUUUUGACCAUCAUCGUCCACGCCUUUUGCAGGUUGGAAACAGUACCGACUUGAUAAAACAGCAUGUUUUCAGUGGAGGGAAAGUGUGUAUAUAUCCCAAACUGGACAUCAAUGAAGAAUCUGGGAUCCGAUGGACAAUACAUCAGAGACUCCAGAGCAGCUACAAGACAUGUUUUGCCUACACAGCCAAAGUGAUGGCAGUGUCUGCUAAUAUUGCUGCCAAACCAAAUUCAGCUGAGGCCAUUUACGAUGUGAUCGUGUUUGUCCCAGAUGGACCUACAACAGUAUUCACAGUUAUCAGUGACAAAGUAAAAAGCAAGCAAAAGAACAGAGUACUUGAAUAUAACCAGACACUCGCAAAAGGUAUUGUGGCAUCUGUCCGAAGGUAUGCAAAAGAACAAUUUAGUGUGGUUUUUGGGCUGAUGACAGAAAGUGACCUCAAGGAUGAUGACAAGUUUAAGAAAGCCAUGGACACGAUCAAGGUCAACACGUCCAAGUGGUGCAUUCCAGUUACACUGAGUAUGUCAGAGAAAAAGUUCAAGGAAGUCACUUGUGCAUUUAUCAUGUCACUUGCUUUCACCAAUUGUGUUUUCACAGAGGAGGAAGGUAAUUCGCUGAACUGUCUCACACUGGAGCAGUUUCGGGUCCUCACCGAAAAUAUUGAUUACAACCAAGUGGAAGUGAGUUCAGAACCUUCAUGUGGAGGGGACGUCCUGCUACUUGAGAUCGCACAAAGACUAGAAAAAUCAGGCCACACGGCAAUUGUUGCAAAGUCAGAGUCACUACUAAAGACUGCCAGGAGGUUGUCCAUUUGCCAGGAUCGCAUUAUUCCCGCUGAUGAACUUGGACAGGAGACUUUCUGUGAGACGUCAGACAUUGUCAAUAUAGUUGCAGACUGUGAUAUCUCUGAGAAGGUUCAAGGUAUAAACAAACUUUGGAGGACCUGGCAAUUUGUUCGUGGAUCUCUGAAAGUUGCAACAGAAGAAACUACUCAUGAACGAAAGCUGAAAUCUGCGAAUGACAAUAUGGACGUGAUGACACCAGAAAACCAAACUUUGACAGACUGGAAGCCACUUGAACACAGACCGAAUUCGCCUAUGUCGAGCUUGACUAAACUAGACACAGGUUUAACACUAAUCAUUGCAACAGAAGAAACUGAUCAUGAACGAAAGCUGAAAUCUGCGAAUGACAAUAUGGACGUGAUGACACCAGAAAACCAAACUUUGACAGACUGGAAGCCACUUGAACACAGACCGAAUUCGCCUAUGUCGAGCUUGACUAAACUAGACACAGGUUUAACACUAAUCAUUGCAACAGAAGAAACUGAUCAUGAAGGAAAGCUGAAAUCUGUGGAUGACUGGGUGCCACUUGGGCAAGGACCGGAUAAGCCCACGCCGAUCUGGACUACACUAGACACAGAAUGGCCAAAGCUGAAGGUUGAGACGCGUUCUGUUAACACUGAAAAUUGUGCUGGGGGCAAGAAAAUAACUGGAGACUGUAGGAAACUUAACUGUAGCUGGGGCACCAGGAGAAGGAAAGUCAACUGA